AUUCACUGGAUCUGUGUGUGGCUUGCCCAGACGAGGCGGCCAAACCUUAUACACUACCGUCUCCAACCAGCCUUGUGAACUAAGUGACCUUAUUAAUACCUUGAUCGUUAUGCCACAAAACAUCUUCUGCUUUUCAUAAGACGAAGAGUAAUCUGGCAAGUUGCUGAGACUGUGAUAUGCAUGAACGGAUAUGGAAUUACACGUAUACAUUGCCCAUACGGGCCAACAUCUUCAAGUCGACCCUGGAUCCUUCACCUCGUAAGUUUUCGGCAUCAUGUUAGUUCGAUCAUAGGAUGCUGAUCACCUUCAAGUUUGGACGAUUUCAAAAAAUGGGUAGCCAAAUAUACACCUAUUGCCGCCAGUGAUCACAUAUCUCUUACCGCGGCAGCCAAGGCGGUGCGAUUUCAAGCGCUUUCCUCAGAGGUACCGAUGAUGGCAUUGCUAAACUAUACAUCUACUAAUUUAAUCUAGCAAGAGAUAUUCGUAUACGAUAGGCGCAUCAUCCAGCAAUCCUCUAUUGCAUCCGCGAAGUCAUUGAUAUCCGAGAUUCCUCUACCACGCAAAUACACCGUCUCUCAAACCCCAGACUCGAUUACAAACGAGAAGAACCUACAAACAUGGAAAGACUUAUUCGCCGAGAGACGGGCAUGGGCUGUGAAGGUGGUGGAUGAUUGUGCUGCCAUGUCAGAUCAAGCGCAGCAAAGAUAUAUCGAAACAGAGGUGAUUACUCGGUGCGUGGAUACCGCCGUUUUGAACUUGGAGAAGCAUAUCAAGGCGCUGGAUCAAAAGAAUGCGGAGGUUCAAAACGACGUCGAAGAAAUGCAAAAGCUCAAUACCACCAACGGGGAUUGGGAAGCGUCCAUAUCUCGACUAAAGUCACUACCUGCGAGCGCAGAUGUGAUCAAAUUCAUCACAGGCCGGGAUUUGUCGAAAAUGCAACGCCCGAUCACCUUGGGGGAUCUGAUUGAUGCUGAGGAGGUUAAGAGAUCUGGAAAGCUGUUACGGAACAUCUCGACAAACCUCGAGCAAAAGAGUGUAGAGGUCGGACAAGAUGUAGACGAGGUCAUGCGAAGGAUUGAUCUUCUAAUCGAAAAGGUCGAGAAGAGUCCUGCACGAGCGGCUAUUCCGCAUGCCCAGGAGCCUAUUUCUUUGAUGGAGGAUAUUGAAGCUAUCUCUAAAAAGGUCAAUACCGACUGUGAAACUGUGCUGGGCUUUGCAAAUACCCCGAAAAAUAUUUCACAAGCUUCAAAGUCAGCCCUUCUUCACACUGAGAAGUUUUUACCGUCUUUAUCUAAAAGAGCACUGGAAAUGGAAGGGAUGGUACAGGCUGUUACUAAAUUGCGAAAUUCUACCGCAAUCUCGUCCCUAGAGUUCAUGUAUGACAUCGCUAGCCUGACAACAAUGCUUGCCGAAGUAAAUAGUCGAUUCGCCGCCUUGGAGUUAGAUGGUGAUGUGAUUGAUGCAUUGCAUAUGAUCUCCAUGCUAGACACAUUACCAGUCACGUAUGCUUCAUUCUUGGCUGAGGCAGUCAGGCGAAGCGAGUGGGAUGAGAAAGUCAAAUCAGAUUCUUCUACCUUGGCUAACGAAAUGGCGAAUUUCCAGGAGGAGGAAACCAGGCGGCGACGAAAGUGGCAGAAGAACAUAGGGGCUACCCUGUGGGAAGAGAAGCCCGAAAGGCAAGUCAUGGCUUUGGAAGUUAUCUUGCAUGGAGAGAAAGAUGAUUGGCCUCAAGCAUCUAGACGAGAUUUAGAAGAAAUUCUCGAAAUACUUAAAGCUGAUGAUCCUCAAUCUCCGAUUGUAGGCGAAAUCUCAAGAAUCAUUUCGGAUCUUAACAAUCCAACGCGGCAGCAAAGCAGGAGGGCAAACGCCUUUAAAGCAGGAAGUAUUCAUGAAUCUGCUCUUGGCAAAAGUGCUCUUCUGAUGCGUGGAGAUAAUGACGUGUUAAAAAGCCUGCAAGAUGAUAAAUUGAAGCUCGAGAACAAACUUAAAACUGCUGAAAGUCGGGUUCGAAGGCUCGAAGAUCUAUAUCAUCGGCAAACUCAAGUUAGCAGGACUUCAAGUGGUAAUGUAUUUCCAGUGCCCAAUAACCCUAGCCCGGAUGUUCACAAUGUGGCAAACCCCAUGGCAUCACCACGUCUCAAUGACGACUCCCGUCGUUCUUCAAUCUCAUCUCGGCGCUUUUCUGCAAACCGAGGAGAGGAAGAAAAGGUAUUCCAGCAGAAAUUGCUUUCCUUGGAGGCAGAAUUGAUAGCCGAACGUGAACGUGCUUCGGGUCUCGAGAAAGAAGUCUCUGCGAAGAACACCUCAAUGAGCGAGUUGAACUCUCAACUUGAAGAAGUAAAUUCUAUGAAACAAGACCUUUCGGAAAAUUUCAAGGCACAGCAACGUGAUUUCAUGGAAGAGCGCAAAUCUUUAGAAGUCGAAAUCAAGCGCCUCAAGGCGAGACUAGAAGAGCUGGAGGACGAGAUUGAUAGAUAUAUAGGCUCCAGAGAGAAUGAAAAGUGCGAUGUUGAUGAUCGUGUUCGUCUCUUACAAGAAGAGUUAGAAAAGUUACGCAAGGAUGCUGCUGCGGAGGCUCAGAAAGCUCAAGGUCAGGUUGACUUUUUGAGAAAUGAUGCGAAGCUACAGAGGGAGACCAAUGAGAGUUUGGAAAGGCAAAUGCAGAGUCUCAGAGAAGAAAAGAAGGAAUUGAUGUCCCGGACUAUUCAAGCAGAAUCACUCGCUCAGGAUCAACUCAAAGCUCUGCAAGAUAUCCAUUUGCAACUAUCGCCCAAGUUAAGGAUGCCACAAGAGUUCACCGCACUCUCAGGAUCAUUGACCAACAAAUCACUGAACCUAUUAUCCGACCUUGAGAAUACAAAGCGGGAUUACAACCUUGCGAAGUCACAACGAGAUGAUGCGGAGACGACAAUAUCGGAACUUAAAGACGAACUUACGAAAUAUAGAGAGAAAUUUGAUCGCGAAGAGAAGGCGUCUCAAUCCCUUCGCGAAGAAUUAGCUUCUGAAAAAGCUAAAUUUUCCGCUCUCGAGGCCGAGCUUGCUGAUGAACGCCUUCAACUAAGCUCUCUAAGAACCAGGAUGGCGGAUGGCGAGACGGGUUCCGAAGCUCUACGCAGUCGUCUGGAGGAAGAAGAACGAAAGGUCACAUCUUUGUCGGAAGAUCUCGCUGGACAGCUUUCCCGAAUUGGUAGUCUUGAGGAAGAAAUGAGAUCGCAUAAAGAGAGGAACCAAUUUGCACAAGAAAGGUUGGAGAGAUUGAACAACCGAUUCGAUUCACGUACUUCACGUGCGAAAGACCUCACACAACGAUUAUAUUCUCAGAACGAUAAACUCGUUCGGCUACUUGAGCGAUUGAGUUACUCAGUCACCAAGGAGAAUGGCUCCAUGAUCAUCCAAAAGUUGCCAAAGCCUGAUCGUAGCAUCCUCAAUGGGAAUGAUUCCUCAGAUGCGGGAAAUAAAAUCAGGCGAAGCAUGACAGGCUCUACAACCAUGAGGGCCAUGAUUGAUAGUGGAGAUCUCGACUUGUUAUAUUGGAUGCACAACGAUGACCCUGAAGCAGAAGCCGAAAAGUAUGAUGCUUAUAUCAAUUCUAUCGGCAGUUUCGAUGUGGAUAAUUUCUGUGAGGUCAUCGCAAAGAGAGUCAGGGAUAUAGAAUAUACAGCCAAGAAAUAUUCCAAAGAUGCUCGUUCUUAUAGGGAAAAGUCUCAUAGAGCUCAAAAGGAAGCUCAUGAGAAAAUUGCUUUCAAGAAUUUUAAAGAAGGCGAUCUAGCUCUGUUCUUACCAACUAGAAAUCAAUCUACCGGAGCAUGGGCUGCGUUCAACGUCGGUGCUCCUCAUUACUUUCUUCGAGAACAAGAUUCCCAUAAAUUGCGAUCCCGAGAUUGGUUACUAGCUCGAAUCCACAAGAUCGAAGACAGAGUUGUCGACCUCUCCAAGUCCAUGACCGAUGGUCGCUCUUUUGCAAGUACCGGCGGCGAUUCUUUCGAAGAUGAUAAUCCAUUUGAUCUUUCCGAUGGUCUCCGCUGGUAUCUCAUCGAUGCCGCGGAAGAAAAACCUGGUGCACCAUCUACCCCCGGUCUCGCCAAAAGCACAGUUGCCAGCGCAAACAUUGACGCCACCGCAACAAUUCGCCGCUCCAAAAAAUCAUCUACUACCGGUGCUGAAGGACUCAAUAAAACUCUUGCCAAAAGUCUCGAUAGUCGUCGAAGUAGUAGUAAUUCUAAAAAAGCCAUUCCGGCAGCCUCAUCACCCCUGAGAAAAACAGACUCUACGGCUUCGGUUAGUGGAUUGAGGAAUGCGGCGAAUGAUAAUGAUGUGAUGGGUACCGGUGCGGAUUCAAUACUCGUGAGGAAUGUAGAUGGCAUUGCUGAUGGAAAGGCCAAUAGCGAGGUUCGAAACCCUUUGGAUAAUCUUUUGGGUCCUUGAUCUUGACUUGUUUGCGUCUGUCUAUCUUGCGUUUUUGAAGACUUCUUGCUUGUAUGCCUGUGCAUAUUCUCGUCCUGUCUUCUAUCAAUAAUAUCUUAUGUUAUGUCAUGGUAUGCCAUGUUAUGUUAUGUCGCAUUAUGUCGCAUCAUCCUCUCUAAGCAAAAGCAAAACAUACGCUGAUAGUGCGAGUACUCUUAGAAUGUUCAUCAUGCUCAUAAUGGUCAUAAUAGUCAUCAUGUGCACAAUAGUCACAAUAAUCAUUCCUAUCCUGCAGCUUUGAGCACAGGCACGGGCACAGCUUCCGAAGAACAUACUCCGACAAUAGUCAAGCGCAUGAUAUGUACUGGGACUGCCGAAGAUGGAACAUCAUCUCCUCUAUCGCAGAGCUAUGCGAGGAGAUCGGUGGUUUGGGAUUCUUUGUGGUCGAUUGAUCUUAGUUUAGAGAGUGGCAAGGGGGGGAGACCGAGGGGGUUUUAGGUUUCUUUGAGUUUUUAAGUUGGGUUUUAGGGUUUCUGGGGUUUUUAGGGG